AUGCCCAACGUUUCCAACCAUGAGGCGGUCCUGGAGGGCCUGAAGAAUGGCACCUAUCGCACCCUGGGCGUGAGCGUCGGCUCGCACCAGGUCACCCCCGGGCUCCAAAUCCCCAAGGGAGACACCCAACCCACUCCGACUCUCUCGGCGCCAUCGGACCUCCCGCCCGGUCCCUACACCGUGAUUGCUCUCGACCUGGACGCGCCGUUCGUCUCGUGGAAUGUGAUGAGUCCCAUCGCGCAUUGGAUUCAGACUGGCUUCCACGUUAAGCAGCCCGGACAGGCCCUCGAGAGCGACGAACCCGCGAUCGGCCCUUGGGCUGCUGCGGGUCCCCCCCCUGGUGCGGCGCCGCAUCGCUAUGUGUUUUUCCUCUAUAGCCAGAAGCCCGAUUCGAGCCCGCCCCCGAACUUGACGGAGAAACCGAUGGGGCUCACGCAGCGCACGAGAUUCGAUGCCGACGCGAUGGUGAAGCAGCUGGGAUUGGGGGAGCUUGUGGCCGCGAAUUAUUUCGUGUCGAACUAG